AUGCUCACCUAUUAUCCGACCGAUGAUGAUGGGGAUGGGGAUUCGGCGUAUGGGGAGGACUCGCUGAUCGGAGAUGAUACCAUGACCUUGGAUUCCUACAUCACCGACUAUCGAUACGAAUUCGGUCGUCGCUACCACUCCUAUCACGACGGCGCCUACUGGGGUCCUAACGAUGAAAUCGCAAACGAACAACAAGACAUGGCUCAUCACAUGUACUGCAUCACCUUAGACGGAAAGCUCCAUCUCGCACCGAUUUGCGAACCUCAGGAAAUCCUCGAUGUGGGCACGGGAACGGGGAUUUGGGCCAUCGAUAUGGCCGACGAGUAUCCAAGCGCCAAAGUCACCGGUGUCGAUCUCUCGCCCAUCCAACCCGCGUUUAUCCCGCCGAACUGCGUCUUCGAGAUCGACGACGUCACCCUCCCCUGGACCUACCCCAGCAACCAAUUCGACUUUAUCCAUGUCCGGGAGCUGUUCGGAUGCAUCCCAGACUGGGACGAAUUCUUCCAGCAAUGCUGGCGGUGCCUCAAACCCGGGGGCUACAUCGAGGUGGUGGAGCAUUCGGUCGAACCGAUCUCCGACGACGGCACCGUUGGUCCCGACCAUUUUUACAAUCUAUGGGGUCAGACGGUGGUCGAGUCGGGAACGCGAUUCGGCAAGAGCUUUACGAUCUGGCAGGAGAGCGCAUCGCGUCUCGAGCAGGCAGGCUUCAUCGACGUGGUGGAGACGACCUACAAAUGGCCGAUGAACGGCUGGAGUACCGAUCGGAAGAUGCAUGAACUGGGCCGAUGGAACCAGCUCCGACUACACGGCGGCAUCGAAGGAUACAUGCUCCGCCUACUCACAACCGCCCUACAUUGGUCCUACGAGCGAUCGCAAUUGUUCCUCGCGCAGAUGCGAGCCUCGCUCAGAGACUACCGCACCCACGCCUACCUCCCAGGCACAGUCGUAUACGCACGAAAACCGCAAGAACCUCCAUCACAUCGCGCUUUUUGA